UAUGCACCCUAAAGGGACAAACUGCGCAUGCCACGUCUGUACAUGACAGUGGAUUGAAACUCUGGGCACACAUUGCCAUGGAGCCAGCCUGGCGUCAACACGGCCGAGGCCGUGGCAGAGGUCAGCCUCGCGGUCCGGCAGUGGCAGCGACCAGUGAUGUGAGGGAGGCGCGACCCCAGAGGGAUGGGAGGGCAGACCCAGGAGCAUGGGCUGGCAGAGGGAGAGUCUCUACUGUCACCAUGGCCCCAAAAGCACAGCAUCCCAUCACCCAACCCAGAGCUGUGUCCUCUCAGUCCAAGUUCGAUGAGAUCAGGAAGUCCAACCAGGCGACAGCAAUGCGGCUGGCUGAGAGCCAGUUUUCGUCCUCCUCAGACGAUGAUGAUGAUAAUGAAGAUGAAAGUGAAGGGCGAGCUGGAAAACGUGGCAAAAUUGUGGAAUCAACAUUCACUACAUAUACCAAUCAAACAGGGGGUGAUGCUUCUGACCUGGAGCGCACCAGGCAGUACCUGAAUGAAGCCUUUCAGUCUGGAGCCAUUGCCUGCCUCAUCUGUAUUGCCUCUGUGAAGAGAACUCAAGCAGUGUGGAGCUGUGAGCGCUGCUACUGUAUCUUCCACAUCAGCUGCAUCCAGAAGUGGGCCAAGGACUCUGUCUUCCUGGUGUCCUCUGUCACUGAUGAUGACUUUGGCAAAAAGGAGCACCCGUGGCCAUGUCCUAAGUGUCGUCAUGAGUAUACCCAUCAGCAGACCCCCAACCGCUACUUGUGCUACUGCGGGAAGCUGUCUGACCCGCCGGCUGACCCCUGGCUUCUCCCUCACUCCUGCGGCCAGGUGUGUGAGCGCCAGUUCAAGCCGUCCUGCGGACACCGCUGCCUGCUGCUCUGCCACCCAGGUCCCUGUCCUCCUUGCCCUAAGAUGGUGUCAGUGUCGUGCGUGUGUGGCAAGGCGGCCCCUGUGCCCAGAAGGUGCCACGCCAAAGCCUGGCACUGCCAGCAGCGCUGUGGUAAACUACUGCCCUGCGGAACACACGCCUGCCAGAACUUAUGCCACGGAGGUGAGUGUGAGCCCUGCCCAAGGGUGAGCAGCCAGUGGUGUGUGUGUGGCCGUGCCAAGGCGGAGCGCCCGUGUGCCAGUCCCCGCUGGCAGUGUGAUCAGAUAUGUGGUGCCCCUUUGUCUUGCGGUAACCAUGUGUGUGAGCGCGUUUGUCACACUGGUGCGUGCGGGGCUUGCCCUCGCUCUGGAAACCGUUCUUGUCCCUGCGGCAAGUCCAAGUGUGCUUUGCCGUGCACUGCAGAUGUGCCUACCUGUGGUGACACAUGUGGGAAGAGACUAGAGUGUGGCUUACACACCUGUAGCAUGCGCUGCCACAGAGGGCCCUGUGAAACCUGCAGACAGGAGGUGGAGAAGCAGUGUCGUUGUGGGCGGUAUAGUAAAGUGAUGGCCUGCCAUAAGGAGUUCCUGUGCGAUAACAAGUGUCCACAGAACCGCUCCUGUCAGAGACACCAGUGCAAGAGGAAGUGUUGCCCCGGUAACUGCCCUCCGUGUGAUCAGAGUUGUGGCCGAACACUGGGCUGCCGGAACCACAAGUGCCCCUCAGCCUGCCACCAGGGCAGCUGCUACCCAUGCCCCGAGGUGGUCCAGGUGAAAUGUGUGUGUGGCUCUACAUCCCUGUCUGUGCCUUGCGGGAGAGAGAGAACCACCAAACCCCCACGCUGCAAAGAACUAUGCAGGGCGCGUCCCACGUGCCACCACGCCUCGCGGGAGCUCCACAGGUGCCAUGUUGGAGAGUGCCCCCCCUGCAGGCAGCCCUGCAAACUGCCCCUGCCCGCCUGCACCCACCACUGCCCCCAGCCCUGCCAUGACCAGGUCAUGGUGAAGAGCAGCAGGGCUCCACUUGCUGGACCAUGGGAGCAGCCUUCUGUGCCAGAGUUUGUGUGUAAAGCUUUACCUUGUCCGCCCUGUCAAGUGCCCAUACCAACGGCCUGUCUUGGAGAACAUGAGGUAAGUCCAGUGGCGUGUCAUGUGAAGGGGCCAUUCUCGUGCGGGCGUCCCUGCGGGCGACAUCUGGCAUGUGGGAACCACAGCUGUGCUCUGGAGUGUCACCGUGUCACACCUGCUGAGCCUGGAGACAAAACACAGGCUGGUAAGGAGUGUUUGCCUUGUGAGGAGGGCUGUUCCAAACCUCGCCCUGCUGGGUGUCCCCACCCUUGUCCCCGCCCCUGUCACCGUGGUGAUUGUCCAUCUUGUCGCCAGAUGACACGCCUCCGCUGCCACUGCAAGAUUAGCAGCCUGUACAUCGAGUGUGUGAAGUUGACUUCAGCAGAUGAUGAGGGUAAAACACAGCUGGGAUCCUGCAAGAACCAGUGUCCCAAACAGCUUGGCUGUGGGCAUCGCUGUAAAGAGCUGUGUCACCCUGGAGACUGUGUAGAGUCCUGUACUCAGAGAGUUAAAGUGAAGUGCCCCUGCAAGAGGAUCAAGAAGGAGUUCUCCUGUUCCCAAGCACAGCAGCCUGACUUAGUGGUGUGUGACCAUGUGUGCAAGACCAUCUUGAAGAAAACUACCGAGAUGAAAGAAGCUGAGGAGCGAGCUGCUUUAGAAGAGGAGAGGAAAAAACAGCAGGCUGAGCUGGAAGCCUUUGAAAAACGCCAGAAAGGCCGGAGAAAGAAGAACCGUCGGAUCACGGAGGCGGAGCCAGACGAGGGAGCAUGGCUCCAGUACAGGAAGUACCUCCUGGUGCCUGUGUGUGGCGUCCUCCUGGCUGCGGCAGCCUUCUACUUAUUGCAGGUCCACUAGAAGAGCUUGUUUGCCUCCUCUGUCCCAAACAAACAAAACAUCAAAAGGAAAAGAGAUCACUGCUACUGGUCUUAAUAGUCCUUUUGUUCCUGAUCUGAGGGACUCUGAAUGUCCUUACUGUAGCAGUGGUCAUUCAGUGGUAUUUUACACGGAGGUGUACAGGUAGAUGCACAUGUUUUGUUAAGCUUGGCAUGGUACACCCCCACACACUUAAAAGUAAGGACAGUUUAGGAUGUUCUCUGAAAUGUAAACAGUCAUCUGUGAAACUUAUGAUAUGAAUUGCAAAUGGAAUGGCCCCUUAAGGACUUGGAUGUUUAAUCUAAUUUGUCUCUAAUCUUAUGCUAGUACUAUUUGUUUCUUCUAAUUUACCUUUUGACCUGAGUUGGAAAAAUUGAGUUGUAGAAUAGAAUCCUAUAUGGAAAAAUGAUGGCCAUAAUAAAAUGU